CUAAAACAUAAUACAGUGCAAACAAACCAAACCAACCACCCACAGAUAACAGUACAUACAAGCAAGCGUCGUCAGGCAGGCCGGGUCAAUAUCAAUAGGGCAGGUAGGUACAGGGGGAGCAAGCGGAGAUGGGUCGGGGUCACAGGCCAGGUUAAGCAGGUAGCAAGCAGCGUGGUACAGAGGGUCAGGCAGAGGGAUGGUCAGGAGCGAGCCGGGAUCAGAGCAGGAGAAGUCAGCAGCGGUUCAGAUCAGGCAGGGUCAGCAAAGGAACAGAAACAGGAUGCAGGACAGAUACAGGGCCCAGGACAAACACAACACCAAGGCAGAGUCUGCAAGUCUGGCCAU